AUGUCUUGGGCCUGCAAAAAAUGCACUUUUGUGAACCCUCCUUCCCAAAAAUGGGAGUGCCAAAUCUGCUUGUCCUCCUCGUCCCCAACGGGUCCUUCGUCUUCGUCGCCCCCAAAAUGGUCGUGCAAGGGCUGCACUUUCUUAAACCCUUACAACAACCCUUCUUGCGAGGUCUGUGACACUCGAUGCCCCGUCCUCUCCCUUUCCAAUCUCAACGACCUGAAUGAUGCCACUGACCACGAUUCUUCCGUUGGCUCUGUUUUCUUCCCUCUUCGACACUGUAGUAAGAAACGGACCACCGAUGAAGUUCAUAUUGUUGACGAUGAUGAUUCUUCAAGGAAGGUUAAGCCGUUUAAUAAGGCUAUUCGUAUCACCGAGAAUGUCGACGCCAGAGAAACUUUUAGUUCGUUUAAGAUUCUGAGUUACAAUGUUUGGUUCCGGGAAGAUUUGGAGUUGCACAAGAGGAUGAAUGCUAUUGGUGAUCUUGUUCAGUUGCAUUCCCCUGAUUUUGUCUGCUUCCAGGAGGUUACUCCCAAUAUAUAUGACAUAUUCAAGCAAUCCACUUGGUGGAGUGGGUAUCAUUGCUCGGUUUCUUCUGAGAUUGCUUAUUCAAGACCCUACUUUUGUAUGUUGCUAAGCAAACAGCCUGUUAAAUCUUUCAGCAAUAAGCCCUUCAGCAAUUCUGUUAUGGGAAGAGAACUUUGCAUUGCCGAGGUUGAAGCUGCAAGUGGCAAGUCAUUGGUUAUUGCCACUAGCCAUCUUGAGAGUCCCUGUCCAGCCCCUCCCAAAUGGGAUCAGAUGUUCAGCAAGGAAAGAGUAGUGCAGGCCAAUGAGGCUGUAAACCUUCUCAAGAAACAGCCAAAUGUUGUUUUUGGAGGUGAUAUGAACUGGGAUGACAAACAUGAUGGCCAGUAUCCUUUGCAAGAUGGAUGGGUUGAUGCCUGGUCUCAGCUAAGGCCAAAUGAAAGUGGUUGGACUUAUGACACCAAGGCGAACAAGAUGUUGACAGGCAACCGUACUCUCCAAAAGCGACUAGAUCGCUUCAUUUGUCAUUUAACUGAUUUUAAGAUAACUAGUGUUGACAUGAUUGGGAUGGAAGUGAUACCUGGUGUUUCAUACAACAAAGAAAAGAAAGUAAGAAAUGAGAUCAAACAACUGGAACUCCCAGUUUUGCCUAGUGAUCAUUUUGGCUUGCUUUUGACAAUUUCUAUUAAGUAA